AUGGCUGUUGUGGAAAACCGCGAGAAGCUAUGCUCUUCAUGCAGUCUUCUUCCUCCUUUGAAGGAUAGUCCUGGUGAUGUAUGGACCAGUUUUCAACAUUUCAAAUCCUCCGCACUGAACGGCUGUCCCCUCUGUGCUUAUCUUUAUAAAAUCCAACGUGCGGAAUGGGAACGGGUCGAGGUGGUACAUGGCCUAAACCCCGGACCACCUUUUUCGCUGAAUUGGAAUGGACAGCCACCUUUCCUACCCUCCGCGGUGAAUAUAGAUCAAGAAUUGACCAUGGAGCCCGCAUUAGAUCUGAAGGAUUUAACUCGUUAUGGAAAUUAUGGUGGCCCAAGGCAUUCGGUUAGCUACUCAAUAUUUGCUAGUCCAGCUAGGGAGAUUGAUCCCAAUCCUACGUCGGAUCGGGUCUUUGCUAAGAUCCAUGGAUGGAUUAAAUCAUGCUCAAAACAUUCAGCCUGUGAUCCUGUCAAUGAAGCAGUUCUGCCUCGAUUUGUGAUCGAAAUACAUGACAGUGGCGCAACUCCAAGCUUGCAAAUAUUUGAAAAUGACAAGUCAAGAAAGAAAGCUCUCUAUAUUGUGCUGAGCUAUGUGUGGGGCAUACGGCCCCAGCCAGUGCAAUUGAUGAAAGACAACAUGAAGCAACUGAAAGAGUCAAUUGAUUACGAGACACUACCUAAGACAAUACAAGAUGUCAUACGUGUCGCGCAAGGUCUCGGUGUGCGAUAUGUGUGGGUCGAUGCCCUCUGCAUUGUUCAGGAUGACGAAGAAGUUAAGAAACAACAGAUCGACCAAAUGAAGAACAUAUACGGAAACUCCUAUUUUGCUGUACAAGCGGCAAACGUCAGUACAGUCAUGGAAAGCUUCCUGAAACCCCGAGACCUGCCAAAGCCAUUCAAACUUCGAUAUGACGAAUGCAGUCACAUUUACCUGAGAGGAUAUACUCCAGAUCGCUUCCCCAAGGGAUUGGCCCGAAAAAGAGCCUGGGUUUUCCAAGAGUCCGUGCUUCCUAACCGACUUCUAUCCUACGGGGAAGACCAGAUCAUCUUCCAAUGUAGAGAAGAGGCACAAUGGGAAGAUGGAUUUCGAUCCAACAGACAGGAUUCGUAUUCACCAUCACUUUUGAGUCCUCUUGACUGGCGAAGAGACUAUUCAGGCUCGAGAUUAGAUCAACCUACUCCCCUUCCUAACCGUCGACUAGACUUUCUCGCGGCGUGGUAUACCGCAGUAGAUCAAUACACCAGCCGGGCGCUCACAUAUCCCGGCGACCGACUUCCCGCAAUUAGUGGCGCCGCUCUCCGCCUCCAAGAGGAAAUAGGCGGACGAUAUGUAGCCGGAAUUUGGGAAUCCGAUCUACCCUGGGGUCUGCUAUGGGAAUCAAAGAACACCAUGAGGUACCCACGGACGAACCCAGCGAUGUGGAAGAUGAGUAGGCCAGUCACUUCUCGUGCCCCAUCAUGGUCCUGGGUGGCCGUUGAUGGGUCAACGAAACACGAAUUCUGGAAACGACAUAAUGAUACAAGGGAGCAGGCUCCAGUUGCCUCAGUCUCUAUGCAAUCUUUUCAGGUGGAUACUGUGGGAGAAAUCAUCAACAACGGAAUGCUGGAGAUUGCUGCUCCGCUAUUUUACACUUCUGUGGUUCUCAAGACAAAUUCCCGAUACAAACCUUAUGGGGUGUCUGGAGUGAAACCGUUGUUAGUUUGGGACGCACUUGAAAAGGAAGGAUGGGUCACGCCAGGGACUGAUCGACCUACAGCUAUUGCUAACUUUGACGUUCAAGAUGAGCAGGUUCUUCAUUCUGGCGUGUGUGGCAUUGAUGCUGGAGUGUGUUGA